UGUCGCUGGUUCCUUCCAGUUUACUGGUGGUAACAAUAUGGGCGGUGAUGGGAUCUUCUGAAACCCCAUUUAGGGUUUAACAAACUCGGGAACUUUGGGGCGGAGAGGGAUAUGAGCGGGCCUUGGGCGCCGGACUUUUUCUGGAGGGAGGCGCAGCGCCUAGGCUACGUUGCGAGAUCGGCAUUUAAGCUUCUUCAGAUGCAGAAGCAGUUCAAGUUAAUAGGCGCCGGGGCUUCUGUUCUUGAUCUUGGAUGUGCUCCUGGAGCUUGGCUUCAGGUGGCUUGUCGAAGCUUGGGUCCUUUGGAGAAGGGUGGGGCAGUUGUGGGGAUUGACCUGAAGAAGGUGCAUAUUCCAUCUCAUCAUUGUGAUUCAAGAGUAAAAACCAUUUGUGCUGAUGUUAUGAAUCUGCGGAAGGAUCAAGCAAGGGCUUUUUCUCCCCAGGGAAUGGGGUUUUCUGUUAUACUCUCAGAUAUGUGUCCCAUUGUUUCUGGAAUCACAACAAAAGAUGCCGCUCUGUCGUGUGAACUCGGUAAAAGAGCACUCUCUUUGGCUAUCGGCAACUCAUCUUGCAAAAAUACUUCAGAGUUCCUCGACAGUUUUGAAGAUGAUACAAGUGAGAAUGGUGUUCUUCGACGCGGUGGUAAUGUUGUAAUUAAGCUUCUGGAGAGUAAAGACACAGAAGCAUUUGCGAAAUUUUGCAAGCAAAGAUUCAGAAAUGUAUCAUGGUUAAGGCCCAAGGCUACAAGAUCUUCCUCAAAGGAGAUUUAUCUGAUUUGCCAGGGCUUGCGGUAGCAUGGACUUCCACUUCAGAAAUUAGCAGAGUUUAAUCCUUUGUCCCCACUAUAAAAUGCUGCUGCGUGGCUGAUUUUUCCUCUACAGAUUUUAGUUGCUGCAAGUUCAGUCAAGGAGACAGCAUGUGGUGAAGCUGGAGAUUUUUUUCAUUAAUUGGUGACUUGAUCAUAGGUAAGUUUUCAUCUUGUAGUUCGUAUUAGCUUAUUUUGUUGGAGAUGUAAUACAAAGCUAGGUAAUUAUCAAAGUGUGUAUUUUGAUAUGUUAAAAUGUAUUCGCCAACUAUGUUUUACUCUUGUUCAAUUGAAUAUAGUUCAUGUUAUCAAA